UUGUUUAUUUAAAAUAACACCUUCUAUCUCGGACUUUUGAAAAUCCAUUUGCUUAUUUGAAAAAAGUCCAAAAAACUGAACUGAAAAAUGUGUCUCAUAGUUUUGAACAGACAGUUAAACUGCAAAUAUUUUCAACUUGAAAGUGAAAAGUUUCCAAAAACUUAAUACUUUUUGAAAUUAGGAAUAUUCUGUAUUGAAAUUGAUUGAAAAAAGGUUAAUGAAAAACUGCAUUUAUAUAUCUAUAAAACCAAGUCCAUUUCUCUUCACAUCAUAAUUUGUUAUCAUCGUUAUCAUAAAUGAAUAAUACUGCAACUACAUUUUUCUUCUUUUUUUUUUAAUUUUGACAAAAAGCAUCAAAAACGCAUGUUCAAUAGAAAGCAACGUUGUCAUUUUCUGAAGAAUUAUGUUCAAUGAGAGUCAAAUAUAACUGACAGACAUUUUAUUAACAUAAGCAAUCCAUACUAUUUUAUGUUCUAAGCAGACAACACACAGCUUGUCUCCAUUAGUAUUAGUUGAUACUGUUUAUGGAAAUACCAAAAAUUUCGACUUUGAAUGCUUGCCUGAAAAUUCAAUUUGAGAAUAAAGGUUAUUAUACUCAAUAGUGCCUUCUUAUCUUGAUCUGAGACUGUACAGACAGGUCUAAUUAUUAUUAAUAUCAAGUGUAGUUAUUCUAAUUUGCUCUUUUUUAUUAUAUAGAUAACAAUUGCUCCGCUUUAACUUGUUUCUUCAAAAUUCUUUUCAUUUUGAAUAACUAGUUAUUACUAGCCUGGGUAACAUAGAUGCAUGCUGUAGGCGUUACACAAAAAAGAAGAAGAAUAUUCGUUUUCAGUGACUCAAACUGAAAUAAUUCAUUAGUAGGGGCGGACCCAACACUUAUUGUUCGGGAUACAGUCAGAUUAGUAAUCUCAGUGUGAUAAUAUAUUUAGUGUAUUCAAGAAAACCUGAUUUAAGACGAAUCAAUUUCAAAAUGAAUGGAUUAAUUGAUAAUAAGACUCCAUAUCUUAUUGGUGUUUCGGGAGAUGCAGGUUGUGGAAAAAGUACUAUAUGCAAAAUAAUAAUGGAGAAGCUUGAACAAGAAGAGGUCAAUAAUGCAGGGAAAAAAGUUGUGUACAUAUCACAGUUUAGCUUUUAUAGAGACCUAACCCCAUCUGAAAUGGGCAAAACAAUUUGUCAAUUUGGUUUUGACCACCCAGAUGCUUUUGAUGAGACACUCAUGAAAGAAACAUUGACGGACAUACUAGCUGGAAAAAUUGUCAAAAUACCUACAUAUGAUUUCAAGAGUCAUACACUAUUGAAGGAUGAACUUAUAACGAUAUAUCCUGCCGAUGUUGUAUUGUUUGAAGGAAUUUCAGUUUUCUGCUUCCCAGAAGUUAGGAAAUUACUCCACAUGAAGCUUUUUGUAGAUAUGUACUCAGAUAUAAGAUUUGCCAGAACAGGUUUGAGGGACAUUGGUGAAAGGAGACGAGAGUGGGAACAACCAACUUUUUAUGAUUUUUGCUUGCCAACUAUGAAAUUUGCUGAUAUCAUCAUUCCUCGAGGAACCGGCAAUGUCGUGGCCAUUGACCUGAUUGUUAGUCACAUCAUGAAUUUUAUUCACGGAAAAGGAGGAGUAAACUGUGUUGAUAGUCACAAAGUGAAACCAAUUUUAUGAAAAAACAAAAAUUUAAGUCACCUUAUUUCGUCAAUAAGACAAUAUAAUUUAUAAUGAAUGUCUAUAAAAAUAUGUAUAAUACGAUGUUGCUAACUCAAUAUCUUUUUUAUAUUUUUUCACAUCAACUUUGUAUUCAUAGUUAUGUAUGAAAUUGCACAUAUUUAUAAUUGUACCCAGAGUUUUGAG